UUUUGAACCCACGACAACCUCCAGUCCUCAGCCAUGCUCGCAACUCAGGGCAUUUUUCAGAAUAUCCGAGUCUACUGGCUGGCAUUCACUGCCUACUGGGGUAUCACUCUUUUCGGUUACGAUACCGGUGUCGCCGGUGGUGUCGUUUCUCAGGAGUACUUCCAGCUCCAGUUCGGCUUGCGCACGGGUGAUACAGUCGAUCAGGCUCGGGUCGACGCGCUUUCCUCCAAUGUAGUGUCUGUGUUGCAGGCCGGUGCGUUUUUUGGAGCCUUGGGCAGCGCUCCUAUUUCCGCUAGAUUUGGUAGGAAAUACACUUUGUUGGGAUUUACUUUGGUCUUCCUGCUCGGCGCGAUCCUUCAAACCGUCGCGAACGGCUCUACUCGUGGUAUCGGUUACAUCUAUGGCGGUCGUGUCGUUGCCGGUUUCGGUAUCGGUGGAAUCUCGGCUGUAUCUCCAUCUUUCGUCUCAGAAUGUGCGCCUAAGGAGGUCAGAGGUCGUAUUACUGGGCUGUUCCAGGUCAUGGUCGCGAUGGGUGUCAUGCUGUCGUACUUCAUCAACUACGGCGUCAGUGUGCAUCUGAAUGACUCGGAAAAGGUCUGGACUGUCCCGUUCGGUUUCCAGAUUGUUCCAGCAGGAGUGAUGGCUCUGGGACUCUUGACGGUUAAGGAAUCACCUCGUUGGCUCGCAUCUCGUGGUCGUAAUGAAGAGGCACUGGUGAACCUGGCUUAUAUUCGCAGAGUUCACCCGGAUGCAGAGUCUGUCAGGUCGGAGUUGGCAGAGAUUGAGGCCGCCAUCCACGAAGAGAACGAAGCCAAGCGGGGACUCCAUUGGAAGGAAGCUUUCACCGGAAAGGGCAACUGGCCACGAUUCGUUAUUGCCUUCGUUAUCUUCCUCCUCCAACAAUGGUGCGGACAAAACUCGGUCGGUUAUUACGCACCCCAGAUUUUCGCCUCUAUUGGCUACAGCAGCACGACCAGUGCACUGCUUGCCUCAGGAGUCUACGGCAUCGUCAAGCUCGUCGCAACCGCCAUCUUCGUGUUCUUUCUCGUCGACAGUUUCGGCCGUAAGGCCUCGUUGCUUGUCUCCGCACUUGGAAUGGGCGUCCUGUUCUUCAUCAUCGGAGCAAUCCUCAAGACUCACCCCCCACCUGCUUCUCUCGACGGCGCUGCCCCACCUACCACAUCAAAGGCAAUGGCGGCUAUGCUGUAUAUCUACGUCUGCUUCUACUCGAUGGGUUGGGGUCCACUUCCAUGGGUCUACGUCUCCGAUAUUUUCCCUACCAGGACACGGUCUUAUGGUCUUGCUACGGCCAGUGCCAGUCAAUGGCUGUGGAACUUCGUCGUGUCGAAGACUACGCCACAAAUUCAUACAAACCUUGGCUACAAGAUGUUCUUCAUGUUUGCCGCUGUCAAUAUUGGCGCCAUGGCCAUCUUCUCUAUACUCAUCCCAGAGACCAAGGGGCGCUCUCUGGAAGAGAUGGACGUCAUCUUCGGUUCAGUCACUGCCGAGCAGCGCCAAAAGCACAUUCAGCAAGAGGAGCGAGUCCUUGAGCACGAGCACAACGACACGACGUCAGACAGGUCCCUGGAGCCCAAGGUCUGAGCACGAACUCUGUUACUUACUUAUCACGUCCGCGCUGUACUCUUCUUUUCCGCGUGCCCCCUUUGUCGUGGCAUACCCUUGUCUUCGAUGGGAUAUGUCUAAGGGCAACAGCGAUGAUCAUGCUUUGUUAUGUCUUGGUUUCUGUGUAUACCGUCCCAUCUGUAAUUCUAGUCAAGUCUGUUCCCUCGACGGUCGUAAU